AUGAACAACGGCGGAGAUUUGUCUCAACAACAACAACCACAACAACCGCCGCAGCAAGUGCCGGCGCAGCCUCCUCAGCCGCAACCUCCGCAUCCUCAACACCACCACCAGCAAUGGCUGGCGAUGCAGCAAUACCAGCAGCAGCAAUGGAUGUCUAUGCACAUGCAGUAUCCCGCCGCCGCCAUGGUGAUGCAGCAGCAGAUGAUGUACGGCGGCGGUCAGUACGUGCCGGCGGCGGCUUACUACCACCACCAACAGCAGCAGCAUCACCAGCAGCAUCAGCUGUACCAGCAACAACAACAGCAGCACCACCAACAGCAACAACAGCAUAAACAGGGUCAGAUGCAGGUUCCCAGCGAGGAGAACCGUACGAUCUGGAUUGGAGAUCUCCAGCCCUGGAUGGACGAGAGUUAUCUUCAGACUUGCUUCGCCCAAUCUUCUGAGGUUAUCUCUGUCAAAGUCAUUCGGAAUAAGCAGACCGGUCAGUCAGAGCGAUAUGGAUUUGUUGAAUUCGGUUCUCAUGCAGCUGCUGACAAGGUCCUGCAGGGAUUCAAUGGUUCAUCUAUGCCAAAUUCAGACCAAGUCUUCCGCCUUAACUGGGCAGCCUUUAGCAUGGGUAAUAGACGACCUGAAGCUGCUGCUGGUGGUGGUGGUGCUGGUGCUGGCGCUGGUGUAGGCGCUGGUUCUGAUCUGUCAAUUUUUGUGGGAGACUUGGCUUCUGAUGUUACGGAUACUCUAUUGCAUGAAACCUUUGCAAGUAAAUAUCCAUCUGUUAAAGGUGCAAAAGUAGUAGUUGAUCCAAACACUGGCCGUUCGAAGGGAUAUGGUUUUGUUAGGUUUGGAGAUGAAAAUGAGAGAACCCAGGCUAUGACUGAGAUGAAUGGCGCAUAUUGUUCCAGUAGGCCAAUGAGGAUUGGUGUCGCUACUCCGAAGAAGGCUUCAACACAGCCGCAGUAUUCUUCUCAAGCUGUAGUUUUAGCUGGAGGUUAUCCAUCAAAUGGUGUGCCACAUGGUUCGCAGUCUGACAGUGAUUCGUCGAAUACAACAAUUUUCGUGGGCGGUCUUGAUUCCGAGGUUACUGAUGAAGAAUUGCGAGAGUCCUUCAGUCAAUAUGGCGAAGUGCUUUCUGUGAAAAUACCUUCUGGGAAGGGCUGCGGUUUUGUACAAUUCGCCAAUAGAAGCAACGCAGAGGAUGCGAUGCAGAGACUUAAUGGAGCUACUAUUGGAAAACAGACAGUGCGGUUGUCUUGGGGCCGGAAUCCUGUAAACAAGCAGUUUAAAAUGGACUCAGGCUACCAGUGGAAUGGACCUUACGGCAGGCACGGCCAGAAUGGAUAUGGGUACCCCAUGCAACAAAACCAGGAUAGGAACAUGUAUGCUGCCGCAGCAGCUAAUGGUCACGGAGGCUACCAGCAGCCAGUUAACUAA